CGCCCUAUUUCCGGCCACUCUUCUCCGGAAGCGUAGCAAAAGAAGCACAGAUCUGUCGAGUUGCAGAUGCUAGUGACGAUAAUAUCGGUCCGAGGCUUGCUUACACGAGAACCACGGGCUGAUUUUUGCGUCGACUGUUUUGCUUUUCCCUCUUCCCCACGAGCUGAAUGCGAGAAUAUGUAUGAUGGCGUCCGCUGACGAUUCUUCGGGUUGUCGGAGAACCGGUGGUGUCCUUACAUACACAAACAUACAUGAUUUAUACAUCUCUAUCUCUGCCUUGUGCCUAAGAGUAUCGUAACUUUCCCUGCUGCGACAUAACGUGAUCUUCAAGAGGCUAUAUUAUAUGGACUGUUCUUGGCGUUAUACAAUCAUCACUCAAGCUAAACGAUGAGUAGAUUCGCAGUAUACUGUGACUGGGUCACUACUGCUCGAAAAUGUCUGGACGGUGAACAGCCUCCACACCAUAUAGCAAGAUUCCACCUUCGAAAAGGACCUGUUUGGUUUCCUCUUGCCGGAGUGGAACCUUCUAACCGCGUCGCUCAGUUUUACGAAGAAUUACUCGCAGAGGUCGAGCAAUCCAGGCUGAGAGACGGGCGAAAGAAGCUAUACCGACGAUUCGUAAAUAGGGUUGUCGCUGCCCACGCCGCUGUUGAAGAUCCGGGAGUACCGCAUGGGACAGUUUCGAUGCUUCGAAAACCCCUAGCUCACUUGGAUAUAGCGCUAAAUCGGAUGGUGGACUUGGUGGAAUACGACAAUAAGCAUCCAAUUCAUUGGUCUGAAGUGUUCCCGAUAGAAAAUGCUAAGAGUCAAUCGUCGCCGACCGAGCUUUGGCUCUACUUCAAGCUGGAAAGCAUUCGGCCUUGUCUCGUCUUCGUGGUGCGGCUCUUGGGGCUAGUACUUCCGACAUAUUUGGAUAUGUGGCGUGAAUGCUACGAGAGCCUAACGAGUAAAGAAUGGAUAGUUCAGUUCAUUCUCGAUUCACCGAGAGCUCCGAAGGCCGAAGGAGUCAACAUCGACACGUCGUCCAGAAAUUGACCUGUCAUCUUAGUAGGUGGGCUAAGCCUAGCUUGCAUGGCAUAUACAAUGAUGCGGCUCGGCUUUAGUGAGACAUCCAAGAGUCCAGUCCUUCUAAACAUGGUUAGUUCUCUGCACGAUGAUAGAUGGAGGUUAGUGCUAAUACGUGGUGAAGAAAGAAAAGAAACUUGAAGAGAGGUUAGAAUGUUGUGGUUAAUGAAUGGAAAUAAUCUAUAAUUAUAAAGAUCAUAUUAAUACUCCUUAUAGGACUCGUAUUAUAGAUCUACUAGGUGAACUAGUUUAAAAAUUGAUAAACAUUAUAUGAACCCAUAUUCAGUUGUUUUGUGUUGGUAUGUUUGCGCGAAGUUGAAAUAGAAGCUACCCAAGUUUUAUAUUUUGGUAACUGAAAAGUGUACCUAGCCGAGUUUGUAGAUAGCGUUAAUUUUAGGUACCCAAUUAAUAAGGCUUAUGCUACUAUCGAAUGUAUCGAAUGUACUCUCCCCACUUACCCCAGAUUCGAGUUGGGGAAUUCGCUUUUGCAAAUUCUGGGCUCU